CAGAAAGUACGUGAACGCACCACCAAGUGCAUUUCACAGCACUCACUACAGCGCCAAGCAAGAAAAUACUGAAAACUUGAAGUAAUGCGACAUGAUGACAAGCAAAGAGCUCACCAAGCCUGACAUUAACUCUAAAAUAUAGUAUAAAAAAAAGGUCCAACAUGUUUAACCUAAUGAAGAAGGACAAGGAGAAAGAGAAGGACAAGGAGCCUGGGAAGAAGGAGAAAAAGGACAAGAAGGAGAAGAAAGAGCGCAUGUCUGCUGCAGAGUUGAAAAGUUUGGAAGAGAUGAGCAUACGCCGUGGUUUCUUUCAUCUCAAUCGAGGUAGUUCCAAAAAGGACCCAAGGACCAAGUUGGAGAUUUCCGGUCCAAUUCCAAUAAAGGUCGCAAGUAACGCUGAUCUCAAUCUGACAGACCUGGAGUCUGACCCGAGUAACACCUGUGACAAACCUACACAGAAGGUCGAGGAAGUCAGUGCUGCUGCUUCAGUUGAAGAUUUGAAGGUGGAUGAGACGCAACAUCAAGGCAGUUCAGUGAAAGAGAGAGCUGCAAAGUUUGGGGAAUUAGCCAAGAUGAACUCAGGUCAGAGGACUUUCCCCCAGAGGAGUAGAGAGGAUAGAACUUUUGAGUCCUCUAAUUUCAGGAACUUUCGGACAAAUGCACGAUAUAAAGCAUUCAAAUAUCCUAAAUUUAAAGUAAGUAUACCUGAGCUGGUGGAGAAGACAUUCCCUGGUGUUGACCUUCAGCUACCUAAGCUUGUGGCUCCCCACAUACCUGAUCCAAGAGAGCUGAAGCUGAAAAGGCGCAACACAGGCGACUUUGGUUUCUCUUUAAGGAGGACAACCAUGCUUGACAGGCAGUCUGAUGGAGUGGUUUGUCGCCGUGUGGUCCACUUUGCAGAACCAGGAGUUGGAACCAAGGAUCAAGCGGUCGGCUUGGUGCCUGGAGACAGGCUUGUGGAAAUCAACGGAGUCAACGUAGAGAUAAAGAGCAGGGACGAGAUUGUGGAGAUGAUCAGACAGUCUGGAGAAUAUGUCCGACUAAAGGUGCAGCCAAUCUUGGAGUUGAGUGAGCUGAAUCGAGGCUGGCUGAAGAACUCUGAAGACCAAGGAGAUGUCUUAGACCCCAAGAUCGCUGUGGACCCAGUAGCCAUCCUCCAGACGGCCCACUCCGCAGCUAAGGGCAGGACUGAGGAGCAGAUCGCAGCUGAACGAGCAUGGUACAACAACGAAAGAGUCUGGCUUGUCCACAAGGAUGGAUUCUCCUUAGCCACUCUCUUAAAGACGGAGACCGGCUGCCUGCCAGAGGGGAAGGUGAAAAUCCGCCUGGAGAGUGAUGGAUCCCUAUUGGAUGUGGAUGAGGACGAUGUAGAGAAGGCAAACCCUCCCAUGUUUGAGCGGGUGGAGGACCUGGCAUCGCUGCAGUAUUUGAACGAGUCCAGCGUGAUGCACACCCUGCGCCAGAGGUACGGCGGUAACCUUGUGCACACCCACGCUGGACCCAACAUGGUUGUCAUAAACCCCAUUAGUGCCCCCUCGAUGUACUCGGAGAAGGUUAUGCAAAUGUUCAAGGGCUGUAAGCGGGAAGACACUGCCCCUCACAUUUAUGGAAUGGCUCAGACAGCCUAUAGGAAUCUCCUGACCACCCGCCAGGAUCAGUCUAUCGUUUUACUGGGUAAGAGUGGCAGCGGCAAGACCACAAACUGUCAACACAUCAUCCAGUACUUGGUUACCAUCGCUGGCAGCUCCAACAGGACCUUCUCAUCUGAGAAAUGGCAGGCAGUCUACACAGUUUUGGAAGCAUUUGGGAAUGCCUCCACUUGCAUGAAUGGGAAUGCCAGCCGCUUUUCCCAUGUUGUUUCGCUGGACUUUGAUCAGACAGGCCUUGUGACAUCAGCGUCUAUCCAAACGAUGCUGCUGGAGAAGUUGAGGGUGACCAGACGACCAGAAGGAGAGUCCACUUUUAAUGUCUUUUAUUACCUAAUGGCUGGAGUGGACUCGUCACUGAGAACGGAGCUGCACCUUAACCACUUUGCUGAGAACAGCGCAUUUGGAAUCAUGCCACAGGCAAAGGCGGAGGAAAAGCAGCGGGCCUCACAGCAGUUCUCAAAGCUUCAAGCAGCCAUGAAAGUUUUGGGGAUCAGUGGCGAUGAGCAGAGAGCCUUCUGGCUUGUCCUCGGGGCCAUCUACCACCUCGGAGCUGCCGGCGCCACGAAAGCUGGCAGGAAACAAUUUGCCCGUCAUGAGUGGGCCCAGAAGGCUGCCUACCUGCUGGGCUGCACCUUGGAAGAGCUCUCCUCCUCCAUCUUCAAGCACCAGGCCAAGGGCACCCUGCCCAGAGGCGGUAUUGUCCGCCAAGCCGUGGACGAAAAUGGCGCAGCUGAAGCAGCAUCCAAGGCAACAGCGAUGGAGUGUUUGGAGGCCAUGGCGUCUGGUCUCUACUCCGAGCUCUUCACUGUUAUCAUUUCACUGAUAAACAGGGCCUUGAAAUCCAGCCAGAACUCCCUCUGCUCUCUGCUCGUCGUUGACACACCAGGCUUCCAGAAUCCGAGGCUUGCCAAGCGGGACUACGGUGCAACUUUUGAAGACCUGUGCCACAACUACACUCAGGAACGUCUGCAAACACUCUUUUACCAACGCUCCUUCAUCCAGGAGCUCGAGAGGUAUAAAGAGGAGAAUAUAGAGAUUAUUUUGGAUGAAACUGACCUAAGCACGUCCCUCUCUGUAGCCGUGGUGGACCAAGCAUCAAGUCAAGCACUGGUGCGUUCUGUGAGGACAGAUGAGGCUCGGGGUCUCCUGUGGUUGAUUGAGGAGGAGUCUCUACAGCCUGGAGCUUCAGAGGAAACACUGCUCGGCCGCUUAUUCAGCUACUAUGGACCUGCUGAAGGCGAGAGUAAAGGUCACACCUUCCUCUUAAAGAGUGAAAAGCACAAUCAUUUCCUGCUGGGCCACAGUCACGAGACCGAGUGGGUGGAAUACAACACCCGUGGGUGGCUGAACUACGCCAAGCAGAACCCUGCCUCCAUUAAUGCUGUCAGUCUUCUGCAGGACUCCCAGAAAAAAAUCCUCAGUUCACUGUUCAUGAGCCGAGCGGGUGGAACCACUGUCCUUUCUGGAUCCAUAGCGGGACUUGAGGGUGGUUCCCAGUUAUCUCUGCGAAGGGCUACGAGCGUGAGGAAGACAUUUACCUCAGGGGUGGCUGCUAUCAAAAAGAAGUCCUUGUGCAUCCAGAUAAAGUUACAAGUGGACGCUCUUCUUGACAUGGUGCGGAGAUCCAGAAUUCACUUUGUGCACUGCAUAUUGCCCAAAGCGGAUGCCCUGAAAUCUCUGAGUGGGUCCCUGUUCAAAAGCGGAGAGAGUGAGGGUCAGGGGGAGAGCGGAGACCCUGGCUUAAUGCAGCUGGAUGUUGCUUUGCUGCGUGCUCAGCUGCGUGGCUCCAAGCUGCUUGACGCUCUCCGGAUCUACAGGCAAGGUUACCCUGACCACAUGGUGUUCUCGGAGUUCCGACGACGCUUCGAUGUUCUGGCACCUCACCUCACCAAGAAGCUGGGAAGGAAUUACAUAGUCAAGGACGAGAAGAGAGCUGUGGAAGAACUCCUGGAAUCCUUAGAUUUGGAUAAGAGCAACUACCACAUGGGCCUGAGUCGGUUGUUCUUCAGAGCCGGCACCUUGGCCAAGUUGGAGGAACAGAGGGAUGAACAGACAAAGCGUAAUCUCAUUCUGCUGCAAGCCGCCUGUCGAGGCUACCUGUCACGCCAGGCCUUCAAGAAAAGAAAGAUCCAGGAUUUGGCGAUCCGGUGCCUGCAGAAGAACAUCAAGAAGAAUCGAGGUGUGAAGGAUUGGCCCUGGUGGAAGCUGUUUACCACAGUCCAGCCUCUUAUUAAAGUCCAGCUCACUGAAGAUCAGAUAAGAAAUAAAGAUGAGGAAAUUCAUUUUCAAAAAUCAAAGCUUGAGAAGGUGGAGAAGGAAAGAAAUGAGCUGAGACUGAACACGGAUCGAUUGGAGAGCAGGAUCUCAGAGCUGUUGGCAGAACUUGCUGAUGAGAGAAGCACGAGUGAAUCGGCUUCACAACUGUUGGAGAAUGAGACUUCAGAGAGACUACGGCUGGAGAAAGACUUGAAGGACUUACAGAUCAAGUUUGAUGCCAUGAAGAAGCAGCUGGAGUCUCAGGAGAUGGAGGUGAUGGAAGCAAGACUCAUGAAGUCAUCAGAGCUCAACGGAGAGAUGGACGACGAUGAUGACGCAGGAGGCGAGUGGCGGAUAAAGUACAACCGAGCCAUUCGAGAAAUGGAGUUCACCAAAAAGAAACUGCAGCAGGAGUUUGAUGACAAGCUGGAGAGCGAACAGCAGAGCAAGAGGCACUUUGAGAGAAGGGUGGCUGAUUUGCAAGCAGACAACGAGGACGUCCAGCGCUCUGUGCAGCAACUUAAGAAAAAAUGCCAGAAAAUGACAGCAGAACUGCAGGACACCAAACUGCACCUGGAAGGCCUGCAGAGUCGCAACCAUGAUCUGGAAAAGAAGCAGAGGAAAUUUGACCUCGAGCAAAACCAGGCUCAAACAGAAGUACAAAGAGAAAGAGCCCAGAAGGACAGACUGGCUCGCGAAAAAGACACAAUGACCGCUGAGAUAUUUAACCUACGCCAGCAGCUACAGGAGAAAGACGGCGAUCUGUGCGCUGCAAGUGUGAAGGUGCAGCAGCUGGAGGCUGAAUUGCAGGAUCUCUCAUCCCAGGAGUCCAAGGAUGAAGCCUCGCUGGCCAAGUUGAAGAAACAGAUCCGUGACCUUGAGGCCAAGGUGAAGGACCAGGAGGAGGAGCUGGAUGAACAAGCGGGGACGAUACAAAUGCUGGAGCAGGCAAAGCUUCGCCUGGAGAUGGAGAUGGAGAGGCAGAGACAGACUCACACCAAAGAAAUUGAGAGCAAGGAUGAAGAGGUGGAUGAGAUCAGGCGCUCCUGCAGUAAGAAGCUGAAGCAGAUGGAGGUGCAGCUGGAGGAGGAGUACGAAGACAAGCAGAAGGUGCUGCGUGAAAGACGAGACCUGGAGUCCAAACUACUGAACACACAGGAUCAGGUGGGACAGCGGGAUGUGGAAACAGAGAAGAGACUGAGGAAGGACCUGAAGAGAACCAAAGUUCUUCUCGCCGAUGCGCAGAUUAUGCUGGACCAUCUGAAGAGUAACGCCCCAAGCAAGAGGGAGAUCGCUCAACUCAAAAAUCAACUGGAGGAGUCCGAGUUCACGUGUGCCGCGGCCGUAAAAGCGCGUAAAGGCAUGGAACUAGAAAUAGAGGAUAUGCACAUCCAGAUGGAAGACGUGGCCAAAUCCAAGCUAUCGCUUGAGGAGCAGCUCAGUCGUCUGCAGAGAGAGAAGAAUGAUUUGCAGUCUCGUAUGGAGGAGGAUCAGGAGGACAUGAACGAGCUGAUGAAGAAACACAAAGCAGCGGUCGCUCAGUCUGCCAGAGACUUGAGCCAAAUCAGCGACCUGCAAGCCCAGCUAGAAGAGGCUACCAAGGAGAAGCAGGAGAUCCAGGAGAAGCUUCACUCUCUACAAAGCCAGCUGGAGUUCCAAGAGCAAUCCAUGGUGGAGAAGUCUUUGGUUAGUCGCCAGGAGGCCAAGAUCCGUGAGCUGGAGACCAAACUUGAGUAUGAGAGGUCACAGAUUAAGCGUCUGGAGAGCCUGGUGACCCGUUUGAAGGAGAACUUGGAAAAGAUGACAGAGGAGAGGAAUCAGCGAGUGGAUGCGGAGAACAGGGAGAAGGAGCAGAACAAGCGGAUGCUGCGUCAAAUGAGGGACGUCAAGGAGGAGAUGGCCGAGUUGUCCAAGAAGGAGUCGGAGGCUAGCCGGAAGAAACACGAGUUGGAAAUGGACAUAGAGAGCUUAGAGGCAGCAAAUCAGAGCUUACAAGUUGACCUUAAGCUGGCCUUCAAGAGGAUAGGGGACCUGCAGGCCGCCAUCGAGGACGAGAUGGAGAGCGAUGACAAUGAUGACCUAAUCAACAGUUUGCAAGACACGGUGACAAAAUAUCAGAAAAGAAAGAACAAAACCGGUGGUGAGACAGAGACAGACUCAGAGGUGGAGGACCGAGUGGACGGCGUGAAGUCCUGGCUCUCCAAAAACAAAGCCAAGAACCAGUCCGAGGAGGGAAGUCUGAAGAGCACCAGAUACGCGGCUAAUGCAGACGUUAAAGAUGUGAAGGAGAGCAAGGAGAAGAAUGGUGGAAGUAAAGACGUGAAGGAUGUGGACCAGACUAGAUCUGUGUCUGUCAUGAGCUCUCUGAGCUACAGGAAGCGCUCUAAUCUUAAAGAUUCUAUUGGGGGCACCGGGGAUGAAAGCUCCUUGUUCAGCACCCUCAAGGAACAGCCAGACAUGCCGGACCAUGUCUCCAUCCGGAAAAACAAGGCCAAGCCGGGGGAUCCGCAGGAGGAUUUGGACGACAAAGGUUCAGUCAUCUCAAUGGCUUAUUCUGAGGCUACGAGCAAAGCCAGGAAAGGGCUGGAUUCCCGCUGGACAUCCAGAAGCAGCCCAGAGUUUGAUAAAGAAUCAAUGGUAUCUUCUGUGGCUCCGAGCAGGAUGUCCACGAGGAGGGCCAUGCUGGACAUGGACGACGACAAUAAGUCAACCAUCAGCAGCGUCAGUCACUCCAGCCCUCGCUCGCUGCAACGUAGCUCCUCCUGGAAAGAUGAUAGACGCUGCAGCUCUCGUCUGUCACUGGCUCGUAGCUGCGGUCUCAGUGAGUUUGGCGUUCAUGUCGAUGACGAUGACGAUGAGGACACCCGGAGUGUGGCCUUCAGUGAGAAAGCAACCUCAUCCUACAGUCCUCGCUCCCUUACACGCAGCAUUUCCACUCCAGGCCAGCCUCGGCCCUCGGACAGCAAUCUAUCAGAGAUCAUGGAGAUGAAGUCCGUCCCCCAUCGCAACUACUUGGACCCUGACUUGGAGGCGGCCAUUAAUGAGGUGCUUAGCUUCAAACCCAUUAAGUUCAAGCGCAGCAAGCUUGAAGACUCUAGCGAUGGAGAGGAGGAGGAGAAAAAGAAGACUGAGGAUUGUAGAAAGAAAGGAGAUGACGAGGGUCUGGGCAGCAGUGCCUCCAGCCUGCGCCGCUCUGCAUCAGGCUCCGCUCUGGAUUAUCGCUCAGCCAGCUCACGUAGCUUCACCAGCUCGCGGGGUCGAAAAGAUAAGAAAAGUAAAAUCUCUGAGUCGGACGACUCGUCCUCCGAUGACAGCAGAAGGAGCUCUAGACGAAAAAAGGGCAAGAAGUCCAAGAAGAGGUCCAAGAAGAAGCCAAGUGAGUCAGAGGACUCCUCAUCCUCCUCUUCCUCAUCCUCGGAGUCGUCAUCGUCUGACUCGACCAUCUCCUACCGAAGCUCCAACAGCGUGAAGAGAGCCCCGACCAAAGCGUCGGAUGAUGAGGAGGAUGCCAGUGAGGUGGCGGGGCGAUCCAGCAAGAAGGAAGGGAAGAGAAAGCAGAAGAAGGUGGAUAACCUGAUGAUGAAGUACCUCUACAGACCGGACAGUGACUGAAGCCCGCACACAAACCCUGGCAGAUCUGUUGAAGAGGAGGAGAUGGACUGCAGAGACAGUGAAACCACGCUGGCACAGAACACGUCGUAACCCAAGCUCGGCUCACCAUGUGCUCUCACUGAUACCCACCGCACAGGAGGGACACAUUAAACCGCCACAUCCCAGCCAGCCACCGAAGCCUGCCGUCUCUGGAGAGAUGACAGAGGAAGCAGACAGAACAUUAUAUUCUUAUCCUUUCAUUUCUGUCAUAUUUAACGCACACUUUUUUCAACGCUAUAGAAGUUAGCAAGAGGAGCUAAAGGACGUUCCUGUGAACUGCGUCGUGUGCCAGAGCUGCUUUUCAGGCAAAUGUAAGCAUCCCUGCGUGCUCUCUUCUGAUAGCUCUGCCGAGAGGAUUUAGAUAAGCCUGCUGUGGCUGUACUUCUCAGAGGAAGUCUGACCAAAUAUUAGGACGCCUCUUAUCUUCUUCCCAUUAGUCCGUACGGUCAUGGCCAGAGGAAUUAAGUCCCCUUUAAUUACCAAGCUGUAAGUUUGUGCGUCUUCAUGCCGCUGAAAGGGAUCCAGAUAGAAUCGAGCCGGGCUAUCGUGCGGAAUCAGGCUCGCCGUCGCUGAGGAACUAUACCUUUUUAUUCAUUUGUUUAGAAGAUGAGCUUGUCUAGGGAAUUAGUACGACCUUUUUAAGUGUUCUUUUUAUUCAUAUUUAUUUAGAACUGACAUUCAAGAAGUCAGACACAAACAUUUGAUUUAUUUAUUACAUUUUAAUAGAUAUGAAGUAAACAUAAUUAAGAAUAAAAAAUCUUUAAAGUAAGGAGGUCAUUCAACACAUAAGGGAUAAUAAGGAUGUUAAAAUGUUAAAAUAUGUUAUGGCCUCCAGUGUGGAAAGGUCGAUACUCUAGAGUGUCAAGUCAGAGAUUAUGAACGCUUCCAAACUGUGCACUGAUGAGCGUCAUACGUGGAUGUGGUGAAUCGAGUUUUUCACCAACAUGCUGUUUUCUUUUUGACUCAUUUCUUAGCUGUAACUGUGAUGCACGUUUUCAUUGAAAAUCUGCCUUAUGUGCUGUUUUGAAUCCCACUGAACGCUCAUGAGUUUGAUAUUUAGAUUUGCAAUUUGACUUCACUUGAUGGAUGCUCUCUCUCUCUCGCUCUCGUGCUAAUUGAAGCUGUAAAAUAAUGACUUUGCUUUCAAUAAA